AUGUCCUACGCAAGCAAAAUCGAACAGUUCGAACAACCACGCCACAGCCAAACACGAGAAAAGGAAACACAAAAGACUCAGCGUAAUGUAAGUGUAACGACGCAGCUACUCAGAUCCUCACACUAUACCCCGAAGCUAUCAAGGGUGUACAGCUUCAACUUAACAUUUGUUUGGAUCCAUGCCAACGGGUACUUGGCAAGCUUUGUAAAUGCCCUUCAGGAGUCUUGA